ACCCGCCCUCAUUCCCCAUCCUACCACCGCCCCCUCCUGCUCUCAUCGCGCUCGGCCCGCGCCGCCCUGCUCUCGUGGUUCGGCACGGUCGCGGAGGCGCGGGACAUGCCGUGGCGCCGGCCGUUCCGCCCGCCCUCGGCGCUGUCGCGGGCCGAACUGGCCAGGCGCGCCUACGAGGUCUGGAUCUCCGAGGUGAUGCUGCAGCAGACCCGCGUGCGCACCGUCGUCGCCUACUGGUCCCGCUGGAUGGCCCGCUGGCCCACCGUCCGCGACCUCGCCGCCGCCUCCGAGGCCGACGUCCUGGCCGCCUGGCAGGGGCUCGGCUACUACUCGCGCGCCCGCAGGGUGCUCCAAGCCGCCCGCGCCGUCUGCGCCGCCGACCCGGACGGCCUGCUGCCCGGCACCGUCGACCGGCUGAUGGCGCUGCCCGGGCUCGGCAGGUACACGGCCGGGGCGGUCGCCGCCAUCGUGUUCGGCGUCCCCGCGCCCAUGGUGGACGGGAACGUCCUGAGGGUGCUGAGCAGGCAGAUGGGCCUGCUGGCGGACGUCAAGGGGGACAAGCGGGUCGUGGACAUGCUGUGGCGGGCUGCUGAGGAGUUGAUGGAGGCCGUGGCCGCGGACGGCGACGAGGUCGGGGCCCACGGGCAAGCGCUUAUGGAGCUGGGGAGCACGGUAUGCGCGUCGAAGCCCAAUUGCGCCGCCUGUCCGAUCACGAGCACUUGCCGAGCCUAUUCGGAGGGCGUCGCGCUGGCCGAGACCGGGCGGUGUGCGAUAGAAGGGGAGGCGGUUUUGGAGGACGUCGAGGAUCUCUGCGCCAUCUGCGCCCCUUUCGAUGAAGCCGUGGGAGGGGAGGACGAGGAAGCAGCCGAGGAUUGGCGACCGCCGCCAUCAUCGCCGGGGAAUGGUGAUGGGAAAUUGUCUCGCUUCUUCGCGGGAAAAGAAGAGAAACGGGGCCCCAAGUCGCCAGCGGGAGGUCGAGGUCAGGGAGGACUCGACCCCCGCACGCUGACGUCCGCUGUCAACCAUGCAAGAAAGUUCCCCCUCAGGAAACCCAAGAAGAAGGUACCCCUGGAAGACAUCCUCGUCUGCGCCAUUCGCCGCGUCUCGGACGGGCGGUUCCUCAUCCACCAAAGACCGGACAAGGGACUCUUGGCUGGAUUGUGGGAGCUCCCUAGUCACCCAUUGCUAGACAAGAGGACUCCUAAGACCCGGAGAACGGAGGCAGUCGAAUAUGUUACGGAGCUGCUAGGUAACAGGGACAAGGCCGUGAAGCACGUGGCAGAGCUCGGCAUCGUGCCUUGGCUUUUUUCUCACCUCAAACUCCACAUGCACGUCCACCUCUUCGAAGUGGAAGAUAUUGACCCGCUGUCUGGCCAGGGGACUCGGGCGCGGUGGGCCACAACUAGCGAGAUCGACGCCGAAUCCAUGGGAACUGGCAUGAAGAAAUGCUGGUCGCUUGUGAAAGAGAGG